GCAUCUUUUACCACCGGCAGGGGGCAGCACUUAGCUGUGCUGAAUCUACCUAACCGGAAAUGCUGUGGAGCAAGACGCAUGUAAACAAGAGGAUGUCGCAGAGACCGACCCAAGCUAGAGAAAUGAACGGUCAGACAGACGUCGAGGUCGACUACAAGCGGAAAUACAAAAAUCUCAAAAGAAAAUUAAAAUUCCUUGUUUAUGAACAGGAAUGUUUUCAGGAGGAGUUGAGAAGAGCACAAAGGAAGCUUCUGAAGGUUUCCCGAGACAAAAGCUUCCUGCUAGACAGAUUGCUCCAGUAUGAGAGGGUUGAUGAAGACUCCUCUGAUUCAGAUGCAACAGUUUCUUCAGAAAACAGUGAAGGGGAAGGACUAAGAGAGAGGGAAAGAGAACGAGAAAUUGCAAAGAAAAGAAAAAGCAGCCCCGGAGCCUGCCUUUCCUCCUCUUCAUCAUCGCCUCAUCUCUCUCUGCUGUCCCGUUCUGGAGUAAACACCCUACAGUCGUCCAGCGCUGGAUCGUACCUCAACGCUAUGCCCUUCCUAAGAGAGUAUUUGGCACCUCCAGCUGAGCGAAUGAAGAAAGAGAGAAAAACAAAGACGCCAAAAAACAAGCGAGAGGCCACAGGGAAGGUUGUUGGUCCGAUGGGGGCUAACUACACGUCAGCCUCUGGUGCCCCUCAAACAGCCAGCGGCCCCUUCAGCUGGGUUCCCAAACAAAUGCUCAGCGGAGAUGCGUGUGACGAGGAAGGUGAGAGCGACGGGGACAGCGACAGGGGAGACGAGGACAGAGGGGAGGGAGACGAGGCCGAGCUCGUCAUUGACAUCCCCAAUGAGUGAAAGCGACUGAGAGCUGGGAUGUAUCUAACAGCAGGACGGAGGAGGGGGGGCCUGCUUCUAUUUGUGUAAGGGGUGAAAGAGAGGACUUGAAUGUUUGUCCUGAAAGGCAAGCGCCCCCUGGUGGAUAUGACAUUCAUUGCAGGAAAAAUAAAACUGCACAAAUGAGUGUUGUUGAAGUAAUAAAACCGUGAAACAGUUUCUUAAAUUCAGUCUCAGUUGUACAGGUGCACUGAUUAUGUUUUCCCGACCAGAACUGAUUUCUUUUUGUAUCUUAAUCUGUCGAUUUACAAUGUAAAAUAUUUUUCUUCUCCCAAUAAUUAAAUGUGAAAAACAUUGACCAGAAAAAAAAUGCAUUAUCAGCAACAGAUAUUUUGUCCUAAGCAGAUAUUUUGGAUUUCAACUUCCAAAAUAGAAUUAACUGGAAAGCUUCUACACUGUUGUGACAUGUUGGUACCUAAAACCUGCACAGCAUUAAACAGUUAACGGUGUUUCUGUGGAAGUAUUAUGGGUAAUAUUUAUUUCCCUUUCCCGAGGUAGAAAGAUGUUGUAUCUUUAUGAGGUAGAAGAAACUAUAAAUGAAUCUUUAGUGGAAGCUAAAGGCUUGUCCGACAUGUGUUUUCAGCAGUUUAAAACAACUCCAUCAGAACAUUUAUUAGUUCACAGAGCCUCACUUUUGUUUUUUUUAUUCUUUCAAAUGUUUUUUUUAUUAAUUUUAUUAGAUAUUGAAUUAAUGUAUUAUUAUUUUUUUUAUUAAAAUAACCCAAAACUGAUGGUGCACUGAAGAUACAAAUCACCAGACCAGUUGUUGUUGUGGGUUAUAAAUGCUUGACUGGUGGAAACUUUGCAUAACUACUGGUCAUGUUAGGAGCUUUCUGCACCAAAAUGCCCAAUUCCUCCUGUGACCUUUGACCUGCUGAUCAUCAGACAGAGCUGUCCAAGGAAAAACUGACUUCAAUCAGUGACUGGUUGAUUGGUGCAUCAAUACCUAUUUAGCCAACUUGAUCAGUCCCGUGGCUGAUUCUAUGCUUCCUCUGGUUAGUCAGUGAAUUCGUCCUUAUUUGUUCUUCAGAUAUUUUUUUGCUUUGCUUGGAGAAACCACCAUCUCAGUGUUCAUUGUUUGUAACCUUAGAGUUAUAAAUGUCUGUUUGUUACAGUUCUGGAAUAUUUAAUCUGUGCUAGGUAUCAGCUAUUGUCUUUGAGAAUGUCAAAAUUACCUUUUUUAAAUACAUGAACACAUUGUUAUUGCACUUGUAAAGUUGUGUAUUGACAUUUUUUGAUUUUAGCUCAGUAAACAUUUUGUUUUCAACUAAAAA